AUGGACGCACCUCGAUCAACCUCGCGCCCGAGACCCUCAUCCAGGCCCACAACCCCCCUGCGACCCAGCUCGCGCUCUUCAAUACGGGAAGCCCACGGAUAUGGAAAUACCAUUGGAAAUGCAGGAUACACACAACCCGCCUUCAACGCCUUGGAGCCGCAGUUCGCUGAGCUGGCCGAUUCAAUGGCGGAUCUCGAAGCCAACUUCAUGCACCUGCAGUUGAUGCAUGAGAGCCUGACGCGCUUCAGCGAGAGUUUUGCCAGCUUCCUCUAUGGAUUGAAUAUGAAUGCAUUCUGUGUGGAUUUCCCAGAGGCACCGAUUUCAGACUCGUUCAAUAAAGCCAAGCAAGAUGAAGAAGAUAAAGAGGCGGAAUCGGAAUCAGAACCAACACGACAGGUUGAUGAUGGCGAGAUGACCUUUAUGACUACGGAUACGACUUUUGUCGAGAAUCCGAGCACCACUCCCUCCGUCAGACCGACGUCCAGCAAGCAGCCGGUAUACUACACGAGGCAGUGCUCGUGGCACUCGUCCCAGUGCACUGCCUCGGGGCAGAGGGAUUGGAACUAG